GCCGAAAUUUGGAAGAUAAAUUUCGUCCAAAUCCGCUGUAUGAUCGUGUGUGAUAGUGCCUUUUAGUGGCCAAGUUCAAGCACAAAUCAUUUGCAAACAUCAUAAACAUGGCCUAUCUUCGUCACGUUCGUCGUAUCCGAAGAUUGAGAGAGAAUCCAGAAGGGAGACCACAACGAGGUCCACGGGACCUGAAGGACCCUUUUGAAUUGUAUGAUGAAGAAGCAUUCAGGAUCAGAUAUCGGUUUUCCAAGGAGAGCGUCAUCUACAUUAUCAACAUGCUUGAAGCAGACUUGAAGAGGAACACAGAGAGGAACAAUCCUCUACCUGUCAGUCUACAGGUUUUGACAGUUCUACGAUUUUAUGCCGUUGGAUCUUUCCAGAGGAUGCACGGUGAUGAGGCAACAGUAUCACAGUCAUCUGUCAGUAGAAUGGUCAAAGAUGUGUCAGAAGCUAUUGCAAGAAGGAAGAGGCAAUUCAUGACCUUUCCUGCAACGAGAGAAGAAGUUGAAACAACCCAGCAGCAAUUUUACGACUACUGCAGAUUUCCAGGGGUCAUUGGUGCAAUUGAUGGGACCCAUGUUUACAUCCAGAGUCCUGGUGGUGAAGAAGCCUUGUACUUUUUGAACAGGAAGAACAGAUAUUCCGUCAAUGUACAGGUAGUUUGUGAUCUUGCUGGGAAAAUAACAAGUAUUGUGGCAAGGUGGCCUGGCAGCACUCAUGAUUCCCGGAUUUUCAAUGAGAGCUCACUGAAGGAACAGCUGGAGGCAAGGGCAGAUGGUGCUGAGUGGCUUCUUGGAGAUAGUGGGUACCCAUGUCUUCCCUAUCUCAUGACCCCUCUCCUGAAUCCUCAGGGACGUCCACAGGUACGCUAUAAUGCUGCCCACAAAAGAGGGCGUUGUAUUAUUGAGCGGACCUUUGGUCGUUUGAAGAGGAGGUUCCCUUGCCUCAAUUAUCUCCGCUUGAAGGUGGACACUACAUUUGCAAUCAUAGUGUCAUGCUCGGUCCUGUGGAAUAUCUCUCUUGACCGGCGCGAGCCAGAUAUUCCAGGACCCGAGCCUGAGGAAAUGCCUCCACUUGUCCACCUUCCUCCUGGCCUCCACGACGCUGUCGCAGGAAGGCUCAGGAGAGAGCAGAUAAUUGAGGAUCACUUUAAUCGUUAAGGCAUGUCUGUGUAUGUAUAUACAUAUAGAAGGUAAUUUUUCUUUCACCUGCAUAGCAGAGCAGAGCUGCCAAGUAGUACU